AUGCUCGAGCUCAGGAGCGCGGCGCCACCGCCACCGCCACCGCAGCUGCUGCCCGCGCUGGCGGGGGGGAACAGCGGCAUGGAGACGUCGUCCAAUGGGUCGUACGGAUACCUAGGCGCAGAUCUCGAGCAGCAGCAGCAAAAGGCGGCCAGCACCCGAACCAGCAUCAACGACAGGCGCGCCACGUCGCGCGACACAUCCCGGCUAGCUAACUGCGGUAGCGCGCAGGCGCCACCGCCACCGUCCCCGCAGCCGUGGGCCCUCCAGAGGAAGCGCACGCGGCUGGCGCCGGCGUGGGCGGUGGCGCUGCUGGCGCUGGGCACGACGGCCGUGACGGUGUGGUACUCGCAGCGGGUGAUGGUGGACCGGACGGAGCUGCCCGCCUCGCUGCGGCUCAGCCCGGGUCUGACGGUGCUGGCGGUCAACGUUCUGUCGCACAUUGUGGCGUUCCUGGUCUUCUCGCUGUGCGGCGACGUGCUGGAGCAGGUGCGGUGGGCGUUUGCGUGCAGGCCUGAAGGCGUCCUGCUCACGUCCUUCCUGGCCAUGAGCCGCGCCACCCCCGUCGGCGGCAUGCUGUACCUGUGCCGAGUCCGCGGCUGGCACCAGCUGUGGGCCCUGCAGAGGAUCCUCUCCUACAUCAUAACAGCGGCGCUCAGUCUCGUCUUGAUUGCCAACGUCACGUUCAAGGUGGUCUACACGCCGUUCAGCAGCGACAGCAGCGCCACGCGCUCGGUCGUCGGCGGGCUGGCUCCGCUGGACACGUCGGGGCUGGCCGACGUCGACAUCGCGCUGAUCCCGCUGCUGGCGUCGGCCUACUCGAUCGGCUUCAUCACGGACCCGCGGUACGUCACUAAGGUGGCGCCCGUCGGGUGCAGCGCGUCGGACCCCAACUGCGUGUCGCUGCUGAUGCCAGGCGGCAUGGAGGUGGUGCGCACGUACGAGAACCCGUCGGGCGACUCGGCGUCGCAGUCGCUCUACAGCGGCAACUUCACCGGCGACUACGACUCCAUCGUCAUCAACGACGCCCCGGCCUACCACAUCGAGUACAGCGCCAUCGGGCCCGAUUUUCAGUGGAACCGCACCGACCCCGGCGGCGACUGCACCAUGUACGGCGGCGACAUCGGCGAGGGCGUCUAUGUCUGCCAGCGCGAGGUGGGAGACGGCAUGUACUUUGGGUGGGCCAUCUGCCCCGACGAGGGCGUCGCGGCCAAGACGUGCCAGACGAGCCGCGGGUGGACCGACGCGGUAGCGUGGAACACGACCGUGUCGCUGUUCAGCCGGCAGGCGACGGUGGCAUACGACCGCAACAACAUGUCGAUCCUGAGCGUGGAGCGUGUGUCGGACGCGCAACCGACGAAAAUCGACGGCGCUGUGGCCGCGCUGUACAUGAACGUGAUCUUGCAGCCCAUCACCCCAGCGCUCAACUGGACGGCCGACAACUCCACCUACGGCUACUCGGCGGCACGCUUCGGAUUCACGUACGGCAUCUCGUUCCUGCUGCGGCUGUACACGUCCGACUACUCGACGUACCGUGACGGUGGCGUGUACCUGCUGCGCAGUCUGGUGGCCGUGCCGUUUCAGUUCGCCACGGCCAUGCGGCAGUACGGCCACGUCAACCUCAUGCCGGCCGCCAACUCCGUCACGGCCACGCUCUCGCAGUCGGCGUACCGCGCACUCAUCGACGGCUGGACCGUGUGGGUGUUUGCCUGGCUGGCGUUCCCGACCGUCACGUACUGCGUGGCACUGCUGGCGUGGAUGAGCGUCGCCGGGCCGUACAGCCCCAACAUCUCUGUCUUCCCCGAGAUCGACAUCACGUCCAAGAGCAGCAGCACCCUGCACACGCAGUCGGGCCGUGGCGGCAGCUUCGCCUCGGACAUGGACCCGCACCUCGAGAUGGCCGAGCACACGCUCGAGGACCUGGGCCGGCUGACACGCGGCCACGGCAUGGGCGACGGCUCAUCAACUCGCAUCGUCCAGAGCAUCCGCGGCAGGCGCGUCUGGUGCGGGUCGCUGCCGGGGGCGUCCGGCAACGAGCAGUACAUAGUCUUGCUGACCGAGGAGGCAGGGCGGCUGCGGUGCCUGAAUAGAGAGACGCGGUAUUCUUGA